UUUGUAACAAUUAAAAUUGCUUUUAUUUCGAAAAAAAUAUAUAUUUUGAAACUGUCGUUGUUGACUGUGAAUAUAUCGCCAGAUUGUGCUUGAGUGUGAUCGUUGAUUGAAAAACGUUAAUUACAACAAAAACACAAACUAAAAUAAAUACCGCGAAAAUGUCCACCCAAUUGGAGUUUAUUAUGCAGCUGUAUAUGAUGAAUUUGCUGCAGCAGCAGCAGCAGCAACAGCAACAGAUGCAACAGAUGCAACAGCAGCAGCAGCAACAACAACAACUGCAUAAUCUACCCUCACCCGGCAAACGUGAUAUGGAGAUGGACAUCAGCAGCACAGUGUCAGCGGCAGCGACAAUAACUGCCCAACAGCAAGAAUUGCGGUCACAGCAGCAGCAACAACAACAACAACAACAAUUAAACAAUCCAAGAACGCAAUUACGCAAAAAUUCGCAAACCACAAUCAUCACUACCAACUGUAGUAGUAGCAGUAGUUGUACCACCCGUAGUCCCAAUAGUAAUUCCGACUCCACAAUAGCCACACAACAAUAUAACCAACAACAAACACACACACAAUUACACCAAACCCAAACACACAACCUUUCUCUCCUACAACAGUUACUAUUCGGCCAAUUGUCAGCACCACCGCUACCGAUGUUAGCGACACCCACACUAACUAACAUAGACGCCGCCCAAGCAUUUACCACGCCAUCGAAUUUAUUGUUAACACCAACAACACCAAAUUCUGGCAUAACUGCUGCGGCGGCGCUAUCAUUGGCAGCGGCUGCUUACAAUGUAACGGCGAGUAGUCAACUUCCUUCCAUACAAACACAACAACUAUUCCCAACAGAUAAUUUAGUAAGUAAUAAUACCGCUAUAACAGCUGGUAAUUUUCUUCAAUCUUCUACAGUGACAUCUACGCCCACCGAAGAUGAGGUAGACGAAGGCGAUGAAGAAGAAGUACAAGAAGAUGAUGAGAAGGUGCCGACAACGGCGGUUGAAUCUGAGGUGGUGGCGUCAACGCAGCUGGAGGAGGACGAGUGUAGUCCAAUGGACAAUGCUUCGACCGCAUCCAACGACGUUGAAGAUGUCAGUGGCAUAAUUUCGUUGGAAGAUGAACGGAUGAGUGAAGAUACAUGGCGUAGGGAUGGAAAAGUUGAUGCAGAAGAUGGUGGGAUAGCGACACAGCGCGAAAGCGUGGAUUUAGUUGAGACUGAGAAUGUUGAAGACGAUGAUGAAGAAGAUGAGAAACCAUUAGCUAGUCUCUUGCAGACUACCGACGAUACGGGAAAUCUUAGCUCCAGUUGUAAUGUGGAUCUGCGUAAUUCGUCCAAUAACUUGGAUGCUUCGUCGAGUCUGCCUUACCAGACACCCACGAAGCAGCCGGCCGAUUCUACACAUUACCACUCACAACAAAGCUCUAUCGUCUCCCAAGAGAGCACCGGCUCGUUCACGCAGCUCAUUGAAAAUGAAAACUUGAAUAUGACACCCAUGACGCUAGCCAAAACUCUGCUAACACCACCCUCUAGUGACCAGGUCCCCAAGGCGAAUAGUAAAAAUCCUAACCAACACCCAAAGGCACAUCCCAAUAAGCAGGAGACCACCAUACAGCACACUGCCGGUGUAAGUCUCAGCAAUGCUUCUGGCAUCAUGAGCCUCAGCAGCGUCAGCAGUUUGGACGCCUUUCUGCAGAAUGAGGAGAAUCUCAAGAAUUUACGCAAAGUCUCAUCUUACUUGGAGUGUGAUAAUGCGCUUUGUCGGCAGGAGAAUUUGCGCGAACACUUUCAUUGCUACGACGAGCCCUGUCAUGGUAAGAUAUUGAGCAAAAAGGAUGACAUAAUACGACAUUUGAAAUGGCAUAAAAAGCGCAAAGAGAGUUUGCUGCUCGGCUUUGCACGUUUCUCCGGUUCCGAUGAUUGUGAGCCGAGUUAUGGUGCUGGUUGUGCGUUUUGCUGGAAGCAAACACAUUACCACUGUGUUUACGAAGAUUGCCCCAAGGUUUAUGUGAGCACAAGUGAUGUGCAAAUGCAUGCGAAUUUCCACCGUAAGAAUUCGGAAAUUGUGCAAGAAGGCUUCCGACGCUUUCGUGCACAUGAAAAUUGUAAAAUCGAGGAUUGUCCUUUCUUUGGGAAGAAGACAUCUCACUAUCACUGUUGCCGCGAGGGUUGCAAUCACACGUUCAAGAACAAGGCAGAUAUGGAUAAACACAAGUCCUAUCACUUACGUGACUACCAACUCACACAGGAUGGCUUCAAAAAGAUAUUGAAAACCGAAACGUGCCCCUUCGAUGGUUGCAAGUUUUCAACUGUCUGCAAUCAUAUUCAUUGUGUGCGCGAGGGCUGCAAUUACAUUUUGCACUCCAGUAGUCAAAUGAUCAGUCAUAAACGAAAACAUGAUCGUCUCGAUGGCGAGCAGGCUUAUCAGAAUUUCAAGCAGCGGAAGGAUUCAAGCGGUGAGGAAUCUCCGGCGCACAUGGGCGCCACACUACCGGUCGCCAACACGGUUGCUGUUGCGAGCACAACCUCACAUACAACCACACCUCUAUCGUCGUUGAGCGCUGAUCGCUUUUUGGCACGUAAGCGCGGACGUCCACCAAAGAAAAUUGAGUUGCCCACAAAGACGGAGCCAACUAAACGCAUCAAAUUAGAAGCGAAUGACGACCAAUUGGCUGCUACUGCCGGCGCCACACAACAACUCGCCAACAACAAUACUUCUGGCAAUAACACACAACUGUCGAACACUAUGGGCGGCUUCUUUCCACCGCCUUUCCUGACCAACUUCAGUGCGGCUACCGCUGCCGCCGCAGCAGCAGCUGCGGUGCAGAGUAUGCAAAUACCGGACGCCAAUACAUCCAAUAUGCAGUUGACACACUUGAUGGCGCUCUUCCAGCUACAGAAUCCACUUUUCUAUCAAAAUCUCUAUCCCGGUGGUAUGCCAGCCAAUAUGGCAAAUAUGUUAGGCUCGGCGGCGGCAACUGGCGUAAUGCCACCGGCAAGUGGUCUGUAUGGUAAUAUGCCUCCUUAUGGUGGGACGGCGAAUGCGACCAUCAAGUCGGAAUUCGGUGAGAAGCAUCAGCAGUAUAAGGAGUGAUUGUGAGCCCAUAGCGGAAGAUAGUUUCUUGAAUAGGUUUUUGGCGGCAGGGGUCGCCUACGGUAAAUCGUUAAGGGAAACGAGCAAUUGGUUUUGCUGCUCAUGCAUUUGGCAUGAUUCUUCCUCAAAGGGUUUUAUUGUUAGUUGUUUUGAAAACCCGAGGAGUUAACAAAUACUCUGUGGAAGUCGAAAACUUGAUACGCUUAUGUGCAAUUUUUUUGCAAAAGCUUAAAGUCUCUCAACGGGAGAGGUUUUGUACGUUCGGGAGCUUCGAUAGAAUACACUCUACGUGUGAGCAUUGUCAUUGGUUGGGCAUUGAAAUGGUUAGGUGAUAAAGAAUCGAAAAAGUAUUAAAGAUUAUUUAAUUAAACAAUCAAAAAUUUGUCUUUUCGGAUUUAGAAAAAGCUUUAAGCAAGAAUUCGAAUUGAUUUCGGCUAUUGAACACUAUACGUAAUCUGUUCUGCAGAGCAAUUAAAUCAGUAUUUAAUUGAAAUUUAAAGAAUUCCUAAAAAGAUUAGUAAAUUAUUGCUUCUUUCAUUACUUUCUUUAAAAUUUUGAAAAUCACGGAAAAUCGUAAAUAAAAUCGCUUUCAUUCUAAACUGUGAAAGCUUCGAAUUAUUUUUUUUUACCAUAAAAAAGCUUCUUUGUCAACUUGUUUUCGGUAACUUGAGCGCUUUUCCUUCAAAGCUUAAAAGUGCUUUGCAGGAAUUGCACGAACUCAAGUAAAAAAGUUGUCAGAAAACCUUUUUGAUAGAAAUUUUCUAACUUUUGAAAAGUUUUCCAUAUUGUGAUUAUAUGUAUGUGCAUGUAUAGUGAAUUCUCCGAAAUCAAUGUAGAAUUUUCUCUAAGAAUUUUUGUUAAUAGAAAAUGAUAGAACUUUUGCUUAUUAUUAUU